AUGCUUUAUAACAUUGCGAUGGUUUCCGAUUUUUUUUAUCCAAAUAUGGGAGGCGUUGAAAGUCAUCUAUACCAAUUAUCACAAAGGCUGAUUCAACGUGGUCACAAGGUUAUAAUAAUAACACAUUCAUAUGGCAAUAGAACGGGAAUUCGUUAUUUGACGAAUGGUUUAAAGGUGUAUUACGUACCACACGUGGUGAUAUACUCGGAGGCUACCCUACCAACAAUAUAUGGAUUUUUUCCAAUAUUUCGUAAUAUCGUGCUUCGAGAAAAAAUAGACAUCGUUCAUGGCCAUCAAGCCUUCUCUUCUCUUUGCAACGAAGCGAUAUUGCACGCUCGUACAAUGGGAAUGAAGGCUUGUUUUACAGAUCAUAGUUUAUUUGGAUUUGCUGAUUCUAGUAGCAUUUUAAUGAAUAAAUUGUUAAAAUUUUCAUUAAGCGACAUUGAUCAUGUUAUUUGCGUUAGCCAUACAAGUAAAGAAAAUACAGUUCUUCGUGCAGCAUUAAAUCCUCAAAUGGUUUCAGUAAUACCUAAUGCUGUACUUGCUUCACAAUUUAAGCCUGAUCCUGGCGCACAAGAUCCAAAUUUUAGCAAUAGAUUGGUUUAUAGGAAAGGAAUGGAUUUACUUGUAGCCGUGAUUCCAAGAAUUUGUGGAGAUGGACCAAAACGAGUAGAUUUAGAACAAAUGAGAGAAAAAUAUUUACUUCAUGAUCGUGUAGAAUUACUUGGUGCAGUGAAGCAUCAUGAAGUUAGGAAUGUUUUGACUAAAGGUCAAAUAUUUUUGAAUACUAGUUUAACAGAAGCAUUUUGUAUUGGUAUUGUAGAGGCAGCUUGUUGUGGUUUACUUGUUGUAAGUACAAAAGUUGGAGGUGUUCCCGAAGUAUUACCAAGGAAUAUGAUUAUUUUCGCUAAACCUGAAGAAGAAGAUCUAGUAAAUGUUGUAAUAAAAGCUAUAGAAAUGAUUAGACUCAAAGAAGUCAAUCCAAUAAAAUUUCAUGAUGAAAUAAAAGAAAUGUAUAGUUGGGUAAACAUUGCUGAAAGAACUGAAAAGGUUUAUGAUUCAAUUUGGAAAAUGAGAAUUCCACCAUUGAUGGAAAGAUUAAGAAGAUAUUAUGGAUGCGGGGUUUGGGCAGGAAAAAUAUUUUGUGUGCUAGUUGCAAUCGACUUUUUACUAUGGAGAUUUUUAGAAUGGAUUUUUCCUGAAAGUGAUAUUGAUAUUGCUCCUUCAUUUCCAUAUCAGAAAUAUAGAAAAAUGUGUCAAAUGGCAGAUAAAGAUGAUGAUGAUCUGUGA